UUGCGGAACUCUGUAAUUCGCUGCAGAUGACCACUUGGGGGGAUAGAGGCUUAACUGGGCCAGUACCAGAGCGCACUGCACAAAUUAAUUUGCGCUUUAGAUGAUGCUAAGUGAUGGAACCGUGUGCUUGAUGUGUCUCUCCACUACUCAGAACAACAAGUGGAACAUGGACGUGUGGACCUGCAGCGUAAGAGAGGAGAGGGGCGACUUCACCUGAAAUACACAAAACGAAUGCUGCGUCAGUCCCUGGCUGUGCCAGGCGCACUACGGGGAUGGAUACCGGCAAUUUCCUGGCGGGGAUUUUCUUUUUUCUGCUGUCGCUCAAUGGCUUUAUCUCGUCUUCACCGGCCCCAAGCUUUUGUCCCGACCGCUGUGACUGUCAGCACCCCCACCACCUCAUGUGCACCAACCGCGGCUUGCACGCUGUUCCAAAACCUGGCACGCGGACGUCCGAGGAGGUGCUAAUCUUCAGCCUGGGGGGCAACUUCAUUAGUAACAUCUCUGCCUUCGACUUCACACGGUACAGUAACCUAGUGAGACUGAAUUUACAGUUCAAUCAACUACAAACCAUUCACCUAAAGGCAUUUGAGAAGCUCUCCAAGUUGGAAGAGCUCUACUUGGGACAUAAUCUUUUGUCAAAUAUGCCCACGGGGACGUUACAGCCCCUCAAGAAGUUAACUAUUCUCUAUGGGAAUAACAAUGACAUCAACAAAAUCACGGCGGAGCUCUUUGCCAACUUGGGCAAUCUUGUUAAAUUGCGCCUUGAUGGCAACUCGAUAGAAGUUCUGCAGGACUCCGUUUUUAAAAGUUUGCCCAGUCUACAUUAUCUCCAUCUGGAAUUCAACAAACUGCAGCACAUUCACAGGAACGCUUUCUGUCAACUCACUAACCUGCGCUUUCUAAACCUGGCGCACAACAAGCAGUCAGCCGUGCGCAAUGCUCUCACUUUUUCCCAACUCAAAGCUUUGAAAACUUUGCUGCUGUCUGACAACGAAAUUCAAUACGUAGGAAACCACGUCUUUCAAAAUCUGAAGAAGCUUUCCAAGUUGUCCCUCAGUAACAACAGAAUCUCUCGUCUGGACAGCGAAGCUCUGAAGGGGCUGUCUUGCCUCAGAGAGUUUCUGAUUGACGGCAACGAGCUAGAGGAAAUCCCAGCCGGUCUGCUUGACUCUCUAGAGAGCGUCGAGGAGCUGGACUUUAGCCGAAACCGUAUUUCCAAUGUGGACUCUUUAGCCUUUUCUCAGCUUACACAUCUGAGGGUGCUGAAGCUGAAAAACAACAUGCUUACUAGCCUGUCAGGGGACAUUUUUUCCCUCAACAACGUGCUUUACGACCUGGAUCUCCAUGGCAACAACUGGACGUGCGACUGUCGCCUUGAGGAGCUGAAAAGAUGGAUGACUGCUGCGCACUCCCAGGGCAAAUUGUUGACUGUUUUUGUGCAGUGUCAUUACCCAACAACUCUGAGGGGGAAAUAUCUGGACUAUGUGAACAGCUCCCAGCUGCAGCCCCUCGGGAACUGGACCCACUUGUGUAAGAGCCAAGCUGGUCCAGAGGAGGGCAGAGAAGGGGUGAUGUUGAAGACUGAGGUGAAAGGAAAAGGAAUGAUAAUCAAGCAGAAGGAGAGGGAUGAAGGAGGCCAGGGAGUAGAGACAGAAGGUAUACAUUUGAGACGUGGGAAUCGGGAUGGGUCUAUAAUGAGGAAAGAGGAAGCCAAAAUGCUACAACAAGGUCGGGAGGAGGCGGGAAUCCAGGGAGACCAAGGGGGUCCAGAGGUGGCAGCAUCCUCAUCUUUACAGGAGAGAAGGAAACCAAAGAAAGAGGCUGCUGGGAAACGUGCAAAGGGAAGACAAAGGUCAAAUAUAGUGACGACAACUGAUCCACCUGUAACUUCUACACCAAGUCCUGCUGGAACCCAAGACGGGAACACCACUGAUCCGAACACAGGAUUCACCACAGUCCAGUCCAGAGGAAAGUUUGAUCUUCUGAGGUCAGACCAUGAGGAGGCUCUCCCUGUAAUCACAGAUCCAUGUAUCUUCAACCGCCAUUUCAUCACAAAUGUUUCGGUGGAUGAAGUGACGUCCAGUACGGUCACCGUCUACUGGACCACAAGGGAUCAUCAUCGCUACACGCCAGGACUCGGGCCCGGCCUGGAAGAAGUCCACUAUCGGAUUCUAUUCGACAGGUUUGGCACUCCAGACCGUUUCCCCCGCUACGUUUACACCCGUGGCACGGCUCGCUCCGUAACCCUGCGAGAGCUGAGCUCAGACGUGACUUACAUGGUGUGUGUGGAAGGCGUGGUGGGUGGGUCCGUUUGUCAGGUUGCACCACGUGACCACUGCACAGGCCUGGUCACUCUCCCCGACGAGGGUGUUCUGACCUCAGACCUCCAGCUGGUGACGGUGGCCACACUGGCUGGGAACGCCGUGCUGCUGCUCGUCGUUGGCGGCGUCUGGCUCGGGCGGGGCCUGAAGAGGAGGCUGCAGAGGAGGAAGUCGGCCGUCCACGUGCGCCACAUGUACUCCACCAGGCGACCGUUCCGUCCCACCAUGGCCACCGCCUCACUGUCCGCUGACUUCACCAGCUAUCAAAGCAGUCGACCUGCACGACUAGCACCACUAGAGGAAGGGGACCUCAUCGAGUUUCCUUGUGACCGUUUCCUUGACAACAGCAGCAUUCGCAGAGACAGUGACAUGCAGAGAUUCUCUGACUAAAGCCAAUACGUUCAUAAAAUCUAUACACUUUAAAACAGGAAGAUAUUGAUAUUUUAUAGUUAGAAUCAUGUCCACCUUCCAGAUGUAUAGUUAUAUUAAAAAUGCCUACUUGUGGCUGUGGACAAACCCAAUGCACAAUCCCACCCUGAUUGUGGUGUGUUGUGAUUGUGUUGUGGUUAUUUUUUGACCACAAAAGACCUUUUUCAGUGACAAGAAAAAACAGCUGAGCUCAUCAGUGCCUUUUCAGACACCAGAGGAAGCCCAAUCCCUCUGACUUCCUCUUGCUUUCUUUGUGCCUUUCCUCUUUCAUUUCCUUGCACCUGCAAAUGUCUCUGAACAUCUUAUUUGUUUUUGAAUGCAAGUAUGUGUGUAUGAAAGAUUCAUCACUGAUUUCAACUAUGGUGCUAUAUUUGAGUUCACAGACAUCAUAUUGUCUGAUUUUUUGUUGUUGUACAGUUUGUAAUGAUGGCUGCUGGUUGGCAGGGAAAAAAAAAACACUUGUUUUGUAUCACAUCUGUAAGUCUUUUAUACUUUUCAUAAAAUGUUGCAUUACAUGAAGAAGUAAAAUCCCCAACAAUGUGA